GCGGCUCUCGCGGUGUUUGCGUGAGACUGCGCUCUUCCUUCCUCCCCGGCCCCUCGGCCGCCUGCCUUCCAUUCCCCUCCCGGCCUCCCCUCUUUCCCCGCGGUCCCCUCCUCGCGGGCUAAUAUGGUCUCCAGCGAUGGACGCCCCAAGUGCAGGAGACACCUUUGAGUACCUUAUUGAAACAUUAAAUGACAGUUCACAUAAGAAGUUCUUCAAUGUACCGAAACUUGGAGGCACCAAGUAUGAUACUCUGCCUUACUCAAUACGGGUCCUGUUGGAAGCUGCUGUGCGAAAUUGUGAUGGCUUUUUCAUGAAAAAGGAAGAUGUCAUGAACAUUUUAGACUGGAAAACCAAACAAAGCAAUGUUGAAGUGCCCUUUUUCCCUGCCCGUGUUCUUCUUCAAGAUUUUACUGGAAUACCGGCAAUGGUGGAUUUUGCUGCUAUGAGGGAGGCAGUGAAAACUCUUGGAGGCGAUCCUAAGAAAGUCCAUCCUGCCUGUCCAACUGAUCUCACGGUUGACCAUUCUUUACAGAUUGACUUCAAUAAAUGUGCAAUACAGAAUGCUCCAAACCCUGGAGGCGGUGACUCGCAGAGAGCAGGAAAGCUCUCUCCACUUAAAGUGCAGCCCAGGAAGCCCCCCUGCAGAGGCCAGACUGCCUGCCGCGGAUCCUGUGACUCCGGAGAACUAGGCCGCAGCUCAGGAAGAUCGUCCUCACAGAUUGAGAACACACCCAUUCUGUGUCCUUUUCAUCUGCAGCCAGUGCCUGAACCUGAAACAGUGUUAAAAAAUCAAGAAGUAGAAUUUGGCAGAAAUCGAGAGAGGCUUCAAUUUUUCAAGUGGAGUUCGAGAAUGUUUAAGAAUGUGGCCGUGAUCCCGCCCGGAACUGGAAUGGCUCAUCAGGUCAACUUGGAGCAUUUGUCCAGGGUGGUUUCUGAAGGCAAGGACCUCCUCUUCCCAGACAGUGUCGUGGGCACGGAUUCUCACAUCACCAUGGUGAACGGCCUGGGGAUCCUGGGCUGGGGGGUUGGAGGCAUUGAGACAGAAGCAGUUAUGCUUGGGCUGCCCGUUUCUCUGACUUUACCGGAGGUCGUUGGAUGUGAGUUAACUGGCUCAUCAAACGCUUUUGUUACAUCCAUAGAUGUUGUUCUUGGCAUUACAAAGCACCUCAGGCAAGUAGGAGUGGCUGGAAAGUUUGUGGAGUUUUUUGGAAGUGGAGUUUCACAGUUAUCUGUAGUGGAUCGAACUACAAUAGCAAACAUGUGUCCAGAAUAUGGUGCUAUCCUCAGCUUUUUCCCUGUUGACAAUGUGACAUUAAAACAUUUAGGACAUACAGGUUUUGACAAAGCCAAACUCGAGACAAUGGAAACAUACCUUAAAGCUGUGAAAUUGUUUCGAAAUGACCAGAAUAAUUCAGGAGAACCUGAAUACUCCCAGGUGAUCCAGAUUAACCUGAAUUCAAUAGUUCCAUCUGUCAGUGGUCCAAAAAGACCACAGGAUAGAGUUGCUGUGACAGAUAUGAAGAGUGACUUCCGAGCUUGCUUAAGUGAAAAGGUUGGAUUCAAAGGCUUCCAAAUUGCAGCUGAAAAGCAGAACGAUGCCGUCUCUAUUCACUAUGAAGGACGUGAGUACCGGCUGUCCCACGGGUCCGUUGUCAUCGCCGCCGUCACCAGCUGCACCAAUAACUGCAACCCGUCCGCCAUGCUGGCCGCAGGCCUUUUGGCUAAAAAAGCUGUUGAAGCUGGUCUGCACGUUAAACCUUAUAUAAGAACAAGUUUGUCUCCAGGCAGUGGGAUGGUUACACAUUACCUCAGUUCAAGCGGAGUGCUGCCGUAUCUUAGUCAGCUCGGAUUCGAAAUAGUGGGCUAUGGAUGUUCCACGUGCGUGGGGAAUACAGCGCCCUUAUCGGAAGCAGUUCUGAAUGCAGUGAAGCAGGGUGAUUUGGUUACUUGUGGAGUUUUAUCUGGAAACAAAAAUUUUGAAGGUCGUCUCUGUGAUUGCGUUCGUGCCAAUUACCUCGCCUCUCCACCCUUAGUGGUAGCAUACGCCAUCGCGGGGACAGUGAACAUAGAUUUCCAGGCAGAGCCUCUAGGUACUGACCCCACUGGCAAGAGCGUUUACCUGCAUGAUAUUUGGCCUAGUCAAGAAGAAGUUCAUCAGAUAGAGGAAGAACAUGUUAUAUUAUCCAUGUUUAAAGCCUUGAAAGAGAAAAUGGAGAUGGGAAAUAAACGGUGGAAUUCCUUAGAAGCACCGGACUCGGUUUUGUUUCCAUGGGACUUAAAGUCCACUUAUAUAAGAUGUCCUUCAUUUUUUGAUAAGCUUACCAAAGAGCCAGUUGCACUGCGGCCGAUUGAAAAUGCUCAUGUGUUACUACACCUGGGAGAUUCUGUCACUACAGACCACAUAUCACCUGCUGGGAGCAUCGCCAGGAGUAGUGCUGCAGCCAAGUACCUGACAAACAGAGGCCUUACCCCUCGUGAAUUCAACUCUUACGGAGCCCGAAGAGGUAAUGAUGCCGUGAUGACGAGAGGCACUUUUGCAAAUAUCAAGCUUUUUAAUAAGUUUAUUGGAAAACCAGCUCCCAAAACAAUUCAUUUUCCAUCAGGACAGACGCUAGAUGUAUUUGAGGCUGCAGAGUUGUACCAGAAAGAAGGUAUCCCACUGAUUAUUUUAGCAGGAAAGAAAUAUGGUUCAGGAAAUUCAAGGGACUGGGCUGCCAAAGGACCAUAUUUGCUGGGUGUGAAAGCUGUUUUGGCUGAAAGUUAUGAAAAAAUUCAUAAAGAUCAUUUGAUCGGGAUGGGCAUAGCCCCACUUCAGUUCCUUCCGGGAGAAAAUGCAGAUUCCGUGGGCCUCUCCGGCAGAGAAACGUUUUCUUUAACAUUUCCUGAAGAACUGUCUCCGGGAGUGACGUUAAGUAUAAAGACAAGCACUGGAAAAGUGUUCAGCGUGAUCGCUUCAUUUGAAAAUGAUGUGGAAGUAACAUUGUUCAAACAUGGAGGAUUAUUAAACUUUGUGGCCCGAAAAUUCUCAUAGUGUCUGCUCACCUUGGAUACUUGCCUAAUUGAUAACUGCAAACAAAGCCUUUUGUGCUGGACCCAGGAAUCGUCCCCAGGAGCUGCAGACAGGCCCGGAUGCUCACACAUCUCAUCCACGGAUGUAAAUGACUGUGAAUCAACAUCGUGACAGAAAUGAAAUCUUCUUGAUUCUACAUAAUACAUGAAUGGUGCUAUUAACAUUGCUAAAAUCAGCGUGUGGAGUGUGUUGUGGAAGAGACCUGUAAGUAUGAGGGGAUAUUUUAUCAGACCGUUUUGUAAAUAAAGGCAGAAUUUGAACUUGUGUUGAAGAUUCUUAUAUGAAUAACCUCCCUGAAGUUGUCUGUUUAGUUUUGCACCUAUAAAACUGUAUACUACUGUUUGUUGGUUUAAGUAGGAGAUUAAAAGAAGCCAGAUUAGGCCCUGAAAUUGUGGGCAUUGCAAUCUGAUUGAUAAGUGGACUUUGAAAUAGAUGAAUUCCUUUUCAGAACUGUGCUGGA